GUAUCGAUAGUACAAUCAUCAGUCUUUGUUUACUUUUUUUUAACAAAAAAAAAAAGAGUCAUUUCGUGUUUUUGUUUCAAACAAAUUGUAUGUUUUUGACUUGCCCAUCAUGAGCUGCUUUGGCUGCAGCCGCAAAUAUGGCCUAUUCUGCAAAGAAUAUGGGUGCCCAAACUGCGGCUACUCCUUCUGCGCCAAGUGCCUGAAGCGACCCAUGCCCGUGCCCCGGCACGCCGGCAAGGUCCUCAAUGUCUGCCUCAUCUGCUACGACAAGUUGUCCAAGCUGCAGGCCAGCGCCGAUGCCGAGAAGGUGGUGGACUGCGACGCCCUGCCCGGCGAGUUGGUCACCAAGUUCCAUCUAGCCCCGCCGCCCAAGUCCACCUCACCCACAGAUGGACUCAAUGCGGCGGCCGAUGCACUCCUCGACAAGUGUCUACCGGCUGAGGAUCUGGCUGAGGUGCUGGUCCCCAUGAAUGGAGCUAGUCCUUCUACAUCCGCAGCGAAAGCCAAGAACCAUGAGGAGGACAUAGACGAGAAUCUGGAUAGUGAAAUAUCCAAGAGGAUUCAGAAUCUGAAGCGUGUGGAUGCCACGGACGAUGAGAUACGCGCUCGCCUGGCCAAUCUGAGUGGCAUGCCCCACCAAAGGCAGUAUGACAAGAAGGACCUGCUGCUCUCCACAGACCAAAGAAACGACCAGGAGAAGAUCAGGGAUCUCCUUGAGCAGUUUAUGGGCGAAUCGGAGCUGGAUCAGCGUGUGGGCGAGCAAAGGGACGAGGCCAUUUCGGAUAUUGAGCGGCGUCUGAGGGCACUUCGCGAUGCUCCAAUCGAUGCUGUGGGAGGGGGCAACACCAACAUAAGCACGCCCAGCGACAAUGAAGAGGAUGAGAACGAUGAGACAAUUCUGCAAAAUACAGUUAAGAAGUACUUGGAGGAAGCUAAGUUGCCCAGCGUGGCAGAGGCGGAACUCAAUAGCCAGCUUCCCAGCAACAGCGAAGGAGGAGAGGAGCUCCCCUGGUGCAAUAUCUGCAACGAGGAUGCCAUCUUCCGUUGCCAGGGCUGUGAUGGCGAACUGUUUUGCGGUCAAUGCUUCAGGGAGUGCCACGACGACGACGAGGAGUAUCGUUCGCAUGUCAAGGUAAAAUACAGUGCCCCGCCCAAGUUCAAGGAGAAUCACUUUUAAAUUCCGUCUCCGAGCUUUGCUCAGCUUGUUAAUGUUUUUAUUUAAGGCAAUUCUCAAGUAAAAGAAAACCUAUUAUAAGCCA